AUGUUACAUGCCAUCGACGUCCACCACCCGCACUCUGAAUCCAUCGCAGAAGGAACAAGCACUCCCAACACCAUCAUGACUCGAGGAGAAGCUUCGUCCUCCCGAAGCACGCGUACCGAUUCGCUCUCUUCCCACCACACCUCUCCCGUCUCACGCAGCACCAUCGUCAACGCGGACGCUACUUCAAAACCUCUCCCACCUGCACAGCUCCACUCUGCCACUUCUGAACACGCGGCGCACGACGAUGCUUCGAGAGAUCUCGAAAAGGUCCCACAGGCGGAUCCGGAGAUGCUCAGAGAGGAGGCCAAGGACGAUGUGAUCUGGGUCGACUUCCCACCGGACGAUCCCGAGAAUCCGUUCAACUUUACCAAGACUCGCAAAUGGUGCAUCACGCUUCUCGGGGUUCUGUUCACGGCCGAGGUGGCAGCUACGGCGUCGGCGUAUGUUCCGGGCAUUCCAUCCAUGGAGCGCGAUCUGGGCAUCACGAAUCACGAGCUCAGUCUGUUGGGUAUCGCCAUCUAUCCCCUCGGAUUCGCGCUACCUCCGCUGGUCCUCGCACCGCUAUCCGAAGUGUUCGGCAGAAACCCCAUGUACCUCGUCUGUCAUCUCUGCUACACGGUCCUCUUCAUCGGUCUGGGGUUUGCCAACAACACCGCCACCGUCAUCAUCCUCCGCUUCCUCCAAGGCGCCUUCGGUAGCACCGGUAGCACCAUGGUCGGUGGAACCAUCUCCGACAUCUGGAACAGCAAAGAACGAGGGACUCCCAUGGCCUUCUUCGCCACCGCUGCCAUCUUCGGUACUGGAUUCGGACCCGUCUGGGCCGGAUGGGUCGAGCAAAAUCCACGAUUGCAGUGGAGGUGGAUCCAGUACAUCCAGGCGAUCUACACGGGCUUUAUUUUGAUCUUGCUGCUGGUGUUUUUGAAGGAGACAAGGGGCAGCAUUCUGUUGACGAGAAGAGCGAGCAAGUUGCGCAAGACGACCGGAGAUCAGAGGUACAAGGCGAGAGCGGAACUGGAACGCGCGUCGGUCAGCGUGCUGAUCAAGAACUCGUUGACACGACCGUUGGUGUUUUUGGUCAAGGAACCCAUUGUCACGGCGUUUUCGCUGUGGAUCUCGUUCACGUGGGGUUUCAUGUACAUGCUGCUUAGCUCGAUCGGGUUGAUCACGGCGCAGCAUGACUUCACACCGGGAGAGACUGGGCUGGUCUUCCUGGCGAUCUGUGGCGCAGCCCUCAUCGGGAACAUGAUGAACCCACUGCAGGAGUUUCUUUACCGACGCUAUUCGCCCACACGUGGGCCGGAAGCCAGACUUUAUCUCGCCUGCGUCAGCGCCAUCUUUUUUCCGGUCGGCUGCUUUAUCUACGCCUGGACGAGCUUCCCUCACACCAACAUCGCAGGUCCCAUCGUCGGCGUCGUCGUUCUCAUGACAUCCAUCUACCAUAUAUACACGUCGGUUUUUAACUACCUCGCCGAUUCGUACCUUUCGUACGCCAGCUCAGCCCUAGCAGCUCAGAGCUUUGCCAGGAACAUCUUUGGCUUCAUGUUCCCCCUGUUUGUCGAAAAAAUGUACUAUGGAUUGGGCUAUCAGUGGGCCAGCACGCUUUCGGCGUUCUUGGGGGCGGUUUUGGGUGUAGUGCCAUUCAUUUUGUUCUUCUACGGCAAGAAGAUCAGGGCAAAGAGUAAGAUCAGUCAGGCGCUCCAGAAACAAUUCGAAGAGCAGGCGCAAAAGUCGUAG